AGCAAAAGUUAAACUUUAUGAAGAUAAAUUUGGACCUUUAAAUAAUUCAUCAGUAGAUAUUACAAAAUCAGAGGUUAUUAACGAGGAAACCGAGUCUACAAAAGUAGAACAAAAACCCGAUAUAUAG